AUGAACUUUCAUCAUGGACAAUCUAAAUUUCAUUCAGUGCAACUUGUCCAGAAUAUUGGAUUAUACCCCGAAUCAGAUUUGAGUACUGGUGAAUAUUGUAAGAGAAUUGUUAAUGAAAAAAUUAUUGAGAAAUUAUUAGCUGUUGCUGGUAUCAUAAUUGCUGCU